CGAGCGUCUCGCAGCCUCCACACGGGAGUCAGGAUGGCUACAAUGAAUUAUUUCACGGAGAAAUCUGGAUGAAGAGGUCGAUUCAGCCAACUCAGUCAGGAAUUUGAAGCAGGGAUGGAGCCAUACGCGGCGGAGGUCUUGGCCAACAGCAGUCAGCAUGCAGAGGUGUUGAGCACAGAAGGCGUCACCGGUCACGGCCUCAACAGCUCCGACCCACUCGGCAUGUUCGUGGGGAUGGAACUCCUUCUCCGUUUCAAGCCGCUUUUCCUGCCUCUCUACUGCCUGGUCAUGGUGGUGGCCAGCGUGGGGAACGCCUUUCUGCUCACCUGCAUCCUGGCAGACAAGAAGCUCCACAACGCCACCAACUUUUUCAUUGGCAACCUGGCGGCCGGCGACCUGCUGAUGUGCCUGACCUGCGUCCCGCUGACCAUGUCUUACGCCUUUGACAGUCGGGGCUGGGCCUUCGGAAGACCCAUGUGCCACCUGAUCCCUCUGCUGCAGUGCGCCACCGUCUUCGCCUCCGUGCUGUCCCUCACCGCCAUUGCCGUGGAUCGCUACGUUGUCGUAGCUCACCCUGUCCGGAGGAGGAUCUCCGUCUCUGGAUGUGGCGCGGUGACCCUGGGUAUCUGGCUCCUAUCCCUGGCUCUGGCCGCGCCCCCCUCCCUCUACACGCGCUACCUGGACCUGCGGCCCAGCGGCAUGGACCUGGUGGUGUGCGAGGAGUUCUGGCCCCAGAGUGGCAACCUCAGGCUGAUGUACUCCUGCUUCAUUCUCACCACCUCCUACAUGAUCCCGCUGCUGUCCGUCAGCAUCUCCUACUACGGCAUCACCGUCAGCCUGAGGAGGUACUCGGUGCCCGGCGAGGCCUGUCACGGGCAGCAGCGCUGGAGUCAGAGGAGGAGGAAGACCUUCUCCAUGCUGGUGGCUUCAGUGCUGGCCUUCGCCUUGUGCUGGCUGCCCCUGCAGGUCCUGAACCUGCUGCUGGACCUUGAUCCAGACUUCCACAUCAUCGGGAAGCGCUACAUCAACGUGGUGCAGGUCUGCUGUCACCUGGUGGCCAUGAGCUCCGCCUGCUACAACCCCUUCAUCUACGCCUCGCUGCAGAACAAGGUCCGGCUGCACCUGAGAGGACUCCUCUGCCCCUGCCACCCCCGGCCCUCCGUGGACAGAGGCGCUGAAGUCAGUGUCCUGCUGUGUGGUCGCUCUCUGAACCGUGGCUCCGAGCGUCUGACGUGGCUCCUCACACUCAUCUGUGCGUCCUGGAGCUUUAACACGCACGCUCAGUCGGACCUGCUGUGA